UUUAAACGCUAGGAAGUAUAUGCACUUGUUUAUUCUAUUUCAAUAAAGAAAUCACUGAAAUUUUUUUAAUUCCUAAUUCAAAAACCACAUUUAUGUUAUUGCAGUGGAUUGGCCGAUGGGAACGUAUACUUUGGUGAAGCCAAAGACCGGAUGUCCUCCAGGAUGGAUGGAGGGCUGGCGUCGCCAAGACAGCGAGGAUAAAAAUAAUAAAAAUUGGAUUGCCUACGACCAUCAUUUUUAUGGCAGUUUUGGAAGAGAUUUUAAGUUUUAUUACUGCACAAGGAGUGCUCAUGCUGUCAGUAGUGUAAAGAAAUGGCCGAAAGGAAAUUAUUGUGUAUUAAGACAUGGAGGAUCUUGUCCAUCAGGAUUUCAGUACGGCAGCGUGUUCUGGGAUGACGAAGAUUCCAAAAAUAGCAAUUCGUACGGUGGGAUAUUACCGAGUGGUGUUUAUUUUUGGAACACACGUAUAAAUUAUUGUUGCAGAGAUGAUGGUCAAUUUGGAAAAAGAAUAAAUCUUCCGACAUCUCACCCGUUUUACCUAUUGAGAUUUACCUCCCACUGCCAGCGGGUCAAAGGGAUGUACGUCAGGGAGGAAUUUGCCCGUUUUGAUGACGAAGACAGUGGAAAUAAAAACUCACGCUCUGGAAAAACUCCAAUGGCAGCUGGUGGACGCGACCACCAACUUCUGUACUGUUAUUAUUGGCGAUGAAUAAAAUUAUAUAA